CACCUGUUUAUCAUCAGAACGUUUAUCCCACUGAUCUGUGACUGAUUCUUGUUGUUAGUAAAGACCUUAACACAGCCAGAGCACUGAGAGAUAUCAGGUAUUGAUGUAACUGGAGUGAGUAAGUGAACCUUCUUCCUGAGCACAGACAUUGGCGCUUGUUAUCAGCAUGAACUCAUAUGUGUUAGACAAACACAUCAAUAGUUCAUAUAUAUCCUUCACUACAGGAAGUAUUAGAAUACCGCAAACUCCAAUAAUCUUAGACAGCAAUGACUAUUCACAAACAUUGGGGCUAUCACAGCAGAUAUUUAAAGAAGAUGGUGAAUUGGCAGGAACUGGGAAGCAAUCAUUAUGUACAGAGAGUAAUUUAGUCAUCAAACAAGAAGACAACAUUUAUGAGUUAUCUAGUGAAAUUAUUAUGCCAGAAGAUAAACCACACACAUUUACUGAAUUUUCAAAACAUAUUAAAGAAGGGAAAAGUCUACAGUCUAACCAAAUGAUUCAUACAAAGGAGAAACCUUUAAAAUGUACAGAAUGUGAGAAAAGCUUUAGGAGGAAGUCUCAUCUACUAGAACACUACAAAAUUCACACAGGUGAGAAACCAUACACAUGUACUGAGUGCAGCAAAUGUUUUACACGAAUGGAUCAUCUGAAAACUCAUAAAAGGAGUCACACAGGAGAAAAGCCAUUCACAUGUUCAGAGUGCGGAAAAAGUUUUACACAAAUGGGUAAUCUGAAAACUCAUAAAAUGAUUCACACAGGAGGAAAACCUUUCCCAUGUACAGAGUGUGGAAAACUUUUUACAAACAAGAGUAUUCUGAAAAGGCAUGAAAGGAGUCACACAGGAGAAAAGCCUUUCACAUGUACAGAGUGUGGAAAAUGUUUUAAAAUAAAGAGUAGUCUGAAAAGUCAUGAAAGGAGUCACACAGGAGAAAAGCCUUUCACAUGUACAGAGUGUGGGAAACGUUUUACAGAAAAGAGUGAGCUGAAAACUCAUGAAAUGAUUCACACAGGGGAAAAGCCUUUCACAUGUACAGAGUGUGGAAAAUGUUUUACAGAAAAGAGUAGACUGAAAAGUCAUGAAAGGAUUCACACAGGAGAAAAACCUUUCACAUGUACAGAGUGUGGAGAAUGUUUUACAGAAAAGAGUAGUCUGAAAAGUCAUGAAAGGAUUCACACGGGAGAAAAACCUUUCACAUGUACAGAGUGUGGAAAACGUUUUACACAUAUAAAUAGUCUGAAAUAUCAUGAAAGGAUUCACAGAGGGGAAAAGCCUUUCACAUGUACAGAGUGUGGAAAACGUUUUAGACGAAUGCAUUGUCUGAAAACUCAUGAAAGGAAUCACACAGGAGAAAAGCCUUUCACAUGUACAGAGUGUGGAAAAUGUUUUACAAAAAGGAGGAAUCUGAAAUAUCAUGAAAGGAUUCACACAGGAGAAAAGCCUUUCACAUGUACAGAGUGUGGAAAAGGAUUUAAAGAAAAUAGUCAUCUGAAAAGUCAUGAAAGGAUUCACACAGGAGAAAAGCCUUUCACAUGUACAGAGUGUGGGAAAUGUUUUACAGAAAAGUGUCAUCUUAAAAAACAUGAAAGGAUUCACACAGGGGAAAAGCCUUUCACAUGCACAGAGUGUGGAAAAAGUUUUAAAUAUAUGGAUAGUCUGAAAAAGCAUGAAAGGAUUCACACAGGAGAAAAGCCUUUCACAUGUACAGAGUGUGGGAAAUGUUUUAAAGAAAAGAGUCAUCUGAAAACUCAUGAAAGAAUUCACACAGGGGAAAAGCCGUUCACAUGUACAGAAUGCGGAAAAAGUUUUACACGAAUGCAUCAUCUGAAAAGUCAUGAAAGGAUUCACAAGGGAAGAAACCCUUCAAAUGUUUGCAAUAAACCAGAAAAGCCACUUAAAAAACAAGCUGCAACAACCCCGUCUGUUAACAAUUUUUUCAAGCAUCUGGACACAUCUGCUAAAAAAAUUGCUGCCCAGCAAGACAUUAGAACUGAUGCCUCUUCUGCCUCGUCUGAGUCGGAGGGAGAAGGCCCAGAAUCUGCUAUCUCUGUCCCUAGGGCCCUUCUGGACUCCCUACCUUAUAAAAAAGACUUCUCCAACCUGAUCUGUCAGGUCAAACAGUGCAUAAGGGAGGAAAUCUCCGAAAUUAAGAAAGAUCUUUCAGACAUGGGUCUUAGGGUGGAGAAGCUGGAGGAUAGCACGGACCUCGCCAGCUCAAAUAUCACUUUUCUUAGAUCUAAAGUUGCGGCACAAGAUGAAUCCAUAUUACAAAUGGAGAACAAGCUGGAUGACUUGGAAAACCGAAGUCGCCGCGGAGUGGAACCCGAAGCCACGAUAGCCUUAGACAGAUUCCACAGAGCCUUACGAGCAAAGCCACUGGGAGAUCAACCUCCAAGGGAUGUUAUUGUUAAAGUAACAAGCUAUCAGAUCAAAGAGGAGAUUAUGAAAAAGGCACGCCAGAAAUACCCACUCAGAUUCAGAGCUGAAUCUAUCCAACUAUAUGAAGAUUUGACACCUAGAACUCUGCAGAAAAGAAGGGAGUUUAAAUACUUUACUGCCAAGCUGAGACAACGCAAUAUUGCAUACAGAUGGGGUCACCCAUUCAACCUACAAAUUCCUUGGAAAGGCAAAAGAUUAAUCUGCGAUUCCACAGCAGACAUCCUACGAGUCUGUAAAGACCUGGAUAUCUCACCACCAUCCCCACAAGAUGAAGGAAACAGAGAGAUUGCGGAGAAAAGUAACCCUGCACCGCCACUUCCACAGAGAUCCGAAUGGAAAAAGAUUCCAACAAACUCAACAGAAGUUGGUCCUACGACGGUAUGGGAAGCUCAUAAGGCUUACAUUAGGGGGGAGUUUAUCAAACUCAAAGCCUAUAAACGUAAACAAUCCCUUACUGAAUAUAUCACAUUAGCUCAGGGAGUUUCGGAGGCUGACCUAGCUCUGAAGCUUCAUCCCGAAGACCAAGCACUCGUUGACAAUAUGCGGGAAAAGAGGGAGGCUCUCAAUAAACAUUUACAAAUUGAAUCGCAGAGACAGUUGACACCCCACCAGAUGAAAUGCGAGUCUUACUUAGACACUGUGACUCUCCCCAAGCUUACAGCAGACGAGGCAGCCCUGCUAGAGGCCCCAAUCUCCAAAAGGGAAAUAUUAGAAGCUAUAAAAGAAUUAAAACCAGAGAAAGCCCCAGGCCCAGAUGGCUUUAGUAAUAGGACUUCUAGGCAAUCACAGCGCACCUCAAAUACCAACUCCUCUUCUACAGACUCCGUAGUUCCUGACUAUCAGCUGGAACUUAUACACUUUGGAGCUUCAAGUUCAAACAAACACAUCAAUAGUUCAUAUCUAUCCUUCACUACAGGAAACAUCAGAAUGAUACCGCAAACUCCAAUAGUCUUAGACACUAAUGACUAUUCACAAACAUUGGGGAUAUCACAGCGGAUAUUUAGAGAGGAUGGUGAAUUGGCAGGAACUGGGCAGCAAUUAUUAUGUACAGAGAGUAAUUUAGUCAUCAAACAAGAGGACAACAUUUAUGACUUAUCUAGUGAAAUUAUUAUCCCCGAGGAAAAACCACACACAUUUACUGAGUUUUCAAAACAUAUUAAAGAAGGGAAAAGUCUACAGUCUAACCAAAUGAUUCAUACAAAGGAGAAACCUUUCAAAUGUACAGAAUGUGAGAAAAGCUUUAGGAGGAAGUUUCAUCUACUAGAACACUACACAGUUCACACAGGUGAGAAACCACACACAUGUACUGAGUGCGGCAAAUGUUUUACACAAAUGGGUCAUCUGAAAACUCAUAAAAAGAUUCACACAGGAGAAAAGCCAUUCACAUGUACAGAGUGUGGAAAAAGUUUUACACAAAAGAGUUAUCUGAAAAUUCAUGAAAGGAUUCACACAGGAGAAAAGCCUUUCACAUGUACAGAGUGUGGAAAAUGUUUUACAGAAAAGAGGGAUCUGAAAACUCAUGAAAGGAUUCACACAGGAGAAAAGCCAUUCACAUGUAUAGAGUGUGGAAAAAGUUUUACACAAAAGUGUGAUCUGAAAACUCAUGAAAGGAGUCACACAGGAGAAAAGCCUUUCACAUGUACAGAGUGUGGAAAAAGUUUUACAGAAAAGAGUCAUCUGAAAACUCAUGAAAGGAUUCACACAGGGGCAAAGCCUUUCACAUGUAUAGAGUGUGGAAAAAGUUUUACACAAAAGAGUAGUCUUAAAAGUCAUGAAAGGAUUCACACAGGAGAAAAGCCUUUCACAUGUACAGAGUGUGGAAAAAGUUUUACAGCAAUGAGUAGUCUUAAAAGGCAUGAAAGGAUUCACACAGGAGAAAAACCUUUCACAUGUACAGAGUGUGGAAAAUGUUUUAUUUAUAUGAGUAAUCUGAAUAAUCAUGAAAGGAGUCACACAGGAGAAAAGCCUUUCACAUGUACAGAGUGUGGAAAAAGUUUUACAGAAAAGAGUCAUCUGAAAACUCAUGAAAUGAGUCACACAGGAGAAAAGCCUUUCACAUGUACAGAGUGUGGAAAAAGUUUUACAGCAAUGAGUAAUCUGAAAAGGCAUGAAAGGAUUCACGCAGGAGAAAAACCUUUCACAUGUACAGAGUGCGGAAAAAGUUUUACAAAUAUGCAUCACCUGAAAAGACAUGAAAGGAUUCACAAGGGAAAAAACCUUUCACAUGUUUAGAAAGUGGAAAAAGGUUUUUUAUUGAAAUCGGGUAUCACAAAACACCAACGGGUAGAUUUAGAGUAUGGCGUUAGCCGUCAAAAGCGGUGUUAAGGGGUCCUAACGCUGCUUUUUACCGCCCGCUGGUAUUUAGAGUCAGGCAGGAAAGGGUCUACUGCUCACUUCCUUUCUGCGAAUCCAGGCUACCGCAGAUCCCCUUACGUCAAUUGCGUAUCCUAUCUUUUCUAUGGGAUUUGCCUAACGCUGGUAUUCUGAGUCUUGGAAGAACUGAGCGGUAGACCCUCUACCGACAAGACUCCUACCGCCAAAAAAAGUCAGUAGUUAAGAGCUUUAUGGGCUAACGUGGGAACAUAAAGCUCCUAACUACUGUGCUACAAAGUACACUAACACCCAUAAACUACCUAUGUACCCCUAAACCGAGCCCC